AUGGCUAUCCGAGAAAACCAUGCCAUGUUGGUUUCAAAAUUUGGCAUCAUAGGAGCUGGAGUAAGCGGCAUAGCAGCCGCCAAACAGCUAUCCCAUCACAAGCCUAUUGUUUUUGAAGCCUCAGAUUCCAUUGGUGGGGUGUGGAGGCAUUGCUCCUACAAUUCCACUAAGCUUCAAUCUCACCGCAGAGACUAUGAAUUCACUGAUUUUCCUUGGCCUGAGAGAGACAACCCUGAUUUUCCUACCCACUUGGAAAUAUUGAAUUAUUUGCACUCCUAUGCUCAACACUUUGACGUGCUCAAGAACAUUAAGUUCAACUCUAAGGUGGUGGAAAUUAGGUUUACCGGCAACCGGGAAGCCUCUGACAUUGGAGCAGUGCCUCCUGAUCAUGACUAUGGAAGCUUACUUCCUGGUCAACCUGUGUGGGAAGUUGCUGUGCAGGCUACUCAGUCAGACACACUUCAGUGGUAUGGCUUCGAGUUUAUUGUUGUUUGCAUUGGAAAAUAUGGGGACAUACCCAAAAUUCCAACGUUUCAACGGAUGAGAGGGCCAGAGGUAUUCAAGGGUAAGGUGCUGCAUACGAUUGAUUACUGUAAACUUGAUCAGGAAGCUUCUACUCAACUUCUCAAAGGGAAAAAGGUAGUGGUCGUGGGUUUCAAAAAGUCAGGUCUUGAUUUAGCCAUGGAGUGUGCACUGGCAAAUCAAGGACCUGAAGGACAACCGUGUACCAUGUUGGCAAGGACUUUGCAUUGGACAGUUCCUCAUUACUGGAUUUGGGGAUUGCCAUUUUUCUUGUUUUACUCAACAAGAUCUUCUCAGUUCAUGCAUGAAAGACCAAAUCAGGGCUUGCUCAGAACCCUUCUCUGUCUCAUGUUAUCACCAUUGAGGCGUGGAAUUUCAAAGUUCAUUGAGUCCUACCUUCUGUGGAAACUUCCACUAGAGAAGUAUGGGUUAAAGCCAGAACACCCUUUUGUGGAAGAUUAUGCAUCUUGUCAAAUGGCCAUUAUGCCAGAAAACUUCUUCUCUGAGGUUGAAAAGGGAAAAAUUGUCUUUAAAAAAGCAUCAAAGUGGUGGUUUUGGAAUGAAGGGAUUGAAUUUGAAGACAACUCUAAACUGGAGGCUGAUGUAGUGGUUCUUGCAACUGGUUUUGAUGGAAAGAAAAAGCUCAAAACCAUUUUGCCAGAGCCUUUUCGUAGCCUCUUGGAGUACCCUUCUAGUAUAAUGCCUUUAUAUAGGGGAACCAUCCAUCCAUUGAUUCCAAACAUGGCUUUUGUGGGUUAUGUUGAGAGUGUUUCAAAUCUUCACUCAUCAGAGCUACGUUCCAUGUGGCUUUCUGGACUCGUGGAUGACAAAUUCAAGCUCCCAAGUGUUGAGAGCAUGCUUUCAGAAACACUUAAGGAAAUAGAAGUAAUGAAAAGGUCAACUAGGUUCUAUAAGAGGCACUGCAUUUCCACUUACAGCAUCAACCACAGUGAUGAAAUAUGUAAGGAUUUGGGGUGGAGUUCCUGGAGAAAGAAGAACUGGAUAUCCGAAGCAUUUGGUCCCUACAGUAUUGAAGACUAUGAAAAGGAAGAUUGA